CCCUCUCUCAAAUCAAAACAAAAAACACAAAAAGAAAUCAAAAUUCAUAUCCUCAAAGGUUCAGUUUCUUUUUGUGGUGUGUUGUUUUGUUUUGUAGGGUAAACAAUAAUAAUGGGAUCAUUUACGAGUUUUAGAAAAGCAUAUGGAGCACUUAAAGAUACAACAAAGGUUGGGCUUGCAAAGGUUAAUAGUGAAUUCAAGGAAUUGGAUAUUGCAAUUGUAAAGGCCACCAAUCAUGAAGAAUGUCCUCCUAAAGAACGUCACGUUCGAAGGAUCUUUUCAGCAACUUCAAUAAUACGUCCACGAGUAGAUGUAGCAUAUUGCAUUCAUGCACUUGCCAAGAGAUUAUCAAAGACAAGAAGUUGGAUUGUUGCAAUAAAGACAUUGAUCGUGAUUCAUCGAACAUUGAGAGAGGGAGACCCUACCUUUCGAGAGGAGCUUCUAAAUUAUGCAUAUAGAGGAAAUAUUCUACAAAUAUCAAAUUUCAGAGAUGACUCAACCCCAAUGGCAUGGGAUUGUUCUGCAUGGGUAAGAACAUAUGCUCUUUUUCUGGAAGAAAGGCUAGAGUGUUUUAGGAUUUUGAAGUAUGACAUUGAAGCUGAGCAUUUGACAAAGUCAUCACCUGCAGCAACCAAGGUACAUAGUAGAACAAGGCUUUUAGAUCGAGAUGAAUUACUGGAACAAUUACCUGCAUUACAACAACUUCUUUAUCGUCUAAUUGCUUGCCAGCCUGAAGGAGGAGCUUAUUGUAACUAUCUUGUACAGUAUGCCCUAGCCUUGGUGUUGAAAGAGAGUUUCAAAAUAUAUUGUGCACUUAAUGAUGGAAUAAUCAAUCUUGUGGAUAUGUUUUUUGAUAUGUCAAGACAUGAUGCAGUCAAAGCCUUAAAUAUAUACAAGAGAGCUGGCCAACAGGCCGAAAAUCUUGCUGAAUUUUAUGAAUAUUGCAAGGGAUUGGAGCUAGCUAGAAAUUUCCAAUUUCCAACGCUAAGACAGCCUCCUCCAUCAUUUCUCUCAACAAUGGAAGAAUAUAUCAAGGAAGCACCUCAAACAUCUUCUGAACAUAGGAGACUGGAAUAUGUUGAGAGAGAAGAAUCAUUGCCUGAGAAGCAAGAAGAGCAGCCUUCAGAACCUAUAGAACAAUCUGAAAAAAUUGAUGACAAUGAAACACCAGUAAACAUUGUUGAAGAAGAAGUUCAACCUGAAGAAGAAGUGGCAGAAGCUCCACCAUUGAUUUCUGCCGAUGACAUUGGGGAUCUACUUGGAUUGAAUGAAGUAAAUCCAAAAGCUAUAGAGUUAGAGGAAAGCAAUGCAUUAGCUCUUGCAAUUAUUCCACCUGGUGGUGAUCAACCAUCUUCAUCAAAUCAUGCUUUGAGUGAACUUGGUAGGCCAAAUGCAACAGGAUGGGAGCUAGCACUUGUUACCACACCAAGCAAUAAUACUACCCAUUUAGUAGAAAGCAAAUUGGCUGGUGGAUUUGAUCAACUAUUACUUGAUAGCUUGUAUGAAGAUGACAAUGCCAGGAGACAAUUACAAUUGCAGAAUGCAGGCUAUGGGUAUGGUGGAAUGGCUGAAAAUAACCCAUUUGAACAUCAACAACAACAAGAAGAAGACCCAUUUAUAAUGUCCAAUAACAUAGCACCAUCACCAAGUGUACAAAUGGCAAUGAUGGCUCAACAGCAACAGCAACAGCAACAACAAUCUAUGAUGAUGGUUCCUUAUCAAUAUCAAUCUCAAUAUCCUCCUCAACCACAAAUGCAGCAAAUGGGUUCUUUAAAUCCUUUUGGUGAUCCUUUUCCAAGUCUUCCACAAAAUUCAAUACCACAGCAAGGAAACCAUAUGCUACUUUAGAAGAUCAUUUGCAUUUUCUUGAUUUCAUUAUACUAUUUAAUUCUUAAAAAUAGGAGAAUCAUUUUGUUUGCUAUCUAGUUUGGUAUAUAUAAAUAUGCAAUUGUUUUUGUGUAUUGAAGAAAGUUGAUAGUUCAUUUUGAAGAGAUGCAUAAAGUAUUCUGACA